GUAUUCAGUUCUACCUUGCUAUUUCACUGGGAAACAUCAGCAAUAACAGUAUAAUACAUUCUUCUACAACGUGUAUAAAGCGUUAAUCCCAUACGACUAUAAGGACACUAAGUAACAUUUUUGUAUUAUCCUCUUCCUGUGUGUACCAGUGUACCUUCUAUAAUAACUAUGAACAACCGACCGGACUUAUUUUCAAAGGAAGCUUCACUUAUCAAGCAAUCUCAACGAACACUAGCCAAUGGUCAGCCAAAGGAUCCCAUUGACAAGCUGAGAUUGCUUUGUUUUAGUCGUGGUGCAACUGGUAUCCUUGGACUUGCCAGGGCUUUCCGGAACAUGGACGAUGAUGGCAGCAAAGCUCUGAAUUUGGACGAGUUUAUAACUGGUAUUCGAGACACUGGCCUGGACUGUUCCGAUGAUGAGCUCAACCAAAUGUUUCAAAGUUUCGACACAGAUGGCAGUGGAUCCAUAAACAUGACUGAGUUCUUGAUGAAGCUCCGGCCUCCAAUGAAUCAAGGUCGAAUCGAUAUAAUCAAUAAGGCUUUUCGUAAAAUGGAUACAACCGGUGAUGGUGUUAUCACUGUGGAUGACCUUAAGAACGUUUAUUCGGUCAAAGAGCAUCCGAAAUAUCAAACUAGUGAAAUGACCGCUACGGAAAUUCUGAAGGAAUAUCUGAAGAACUUUGAAGGUUCUGGUGGUGAAGUUGAUGAUGUUGUGACACAAGAAGAAUUUAUGAACUAUUAUGCAACUAUCAGUGCAUCUAUUGAUAAUGAUACUUAUUUCGAUUUGAUGAUGCGGAAAUCUUUUAAUCUUUAAAUCGUUUAAGAUUGAAUAUUAUAAUUUUUGUAGUCUUAAGAGCACUGUUGGAGUGGAUAUAAUUAUUAUGUGUUGCCUUAAAAUUGUCUUCGAUUCUCGAUUUUAAAUGUUUUCUUAUAAUUCUAGAAGUGAAAUAAAUAUUUUAAAGCUAAAAUUAA